GACAAAGGUUGAGUUUCAUAAAGCGAAGGUGAAUUGUGCAAUGCCUCGAUACAAAGACGAGCCUCCUGCAGUUCGUGUUUACACUGUUUGCGAUGAAUCCAAAUAUUUGGUUGUGAGGAAUGUUCCGGCGUUGGGUUGUGGGGAUCAGCUCUCUCAACUAUUCUCCACUUACGGAGAAAUUGAAGAAUGUAAACCAAUGGAUGCUGAAGAUUGUGAGCCAUUUACAGACGUCUUCUGGAUCAGGUUUUGCCGGGUUGACAAUGCCAGAUUUGCCAAAAGGAAACUGGACGAGUCUGUUUUCCUAGGAAAAAAGCUACAGGUUUCUUAUGCACCUCAAUUUGAGAGUCUGCACGAGACGAAGGAGAAGUUAGAAGCAAGGAGAAAGGAGGUUUUAGCACGAUUAAACCCUGGACGGUCGAAAGGAUCUGCCACAUAUCGGCCAGAUAUGAUUGGUGAGCCCUCGAUAACUGCCUCUCCAGCCCAGUUGAAUUCUACCACACAAUCAAUUGGCUCUAAUCAUAGGCAGAGCUCGAGUUCUCAGGGUAAUUCUGUUCAUGACAUGCAGUGUUCUCCCAUAACAAUGGUUUCUUCAGACAAGGAAUACUUUCCUUCACAAUCUAUGAAUCAAACUGUUAAGCUGGUCAGAGAUAAACUAAAUAAGAUACAAUCCAGUGCGGACCAUUUAGAAGAACCAUCCAAGCGAAAACGAGUUGACAAUAGGAGACGGAUAUAAAUUACAAUCCAGUGCGGACCAUGUAGAAGAACCAUCCAAGCGAAAACGAGUUGAUAAUAGGAGACGGAUAUAAAUCCUAUGCAGGUUUUGACAAAGAGUAUAUGGCUUUGGAUUAGUGUUCCCCCCAGAAUAUAUCAAAAUCUUUCUAUAGUUUCUUUUCCAUUCAGUAACACCACCUCUUCCUGGAAAAUCAUCCCUUGAUGCUGAAUCUGUAAACCAAUACUUUUUCUGGGUUCUAGUCCAUGGCAUCCAGAAUCUCUUCUGAAUUCUUCACCAACUGGCCUCUGGGUAUCAACAAAAAUGAUGCCGUUCUUAUUUUUGCCCCCAAGUCUAUCCAAUUUCUUCUUUGUUUCUUCGAUGUUAUUACCAUAGAUUCCAUCACUAUAACUGAUAAUCCUAUGCAUACAGUUUUCAGAUUUUUCCAAGCAAGUUAAAGAUUGAAACCCAGGCUUAUUAUCACUGUUCCUGAAUUGCUUGAUAAGGUCAAUGGGUUUAAAUUGCCUA